AUGUCCGUCGACUCAAGUCGUGUAAUUCUAAUCACUGGAGCCACAGGCGGCAUUGGAGAGGCAACUGCGAUACUCUUCGCAAAGCAAGGCAACUACAAGCUAGCCCUUCACUACAACUCCGCUGGCCAGGAAGCGCGAGACAAGCUCCUUCAAACCAUCAACGAGGCGGGCACCACAUCAAGCGAGGUCGACUUCUUCCAGGCCGAUCUCUCCGACUACGAUGGAGUCCGCAAGCUGCACAACGACGUGACGGCCCGCUUUGGCGGCGUCGACGUACUGUUCAACAAUGCUGGAUCGACAAGCGGCAUGACCGGAGUGCAGAAUCUAGCGGAUGUGUCAAUCGAUGUCUUUGAGCAGAAUUGGAGAAUGAACACCGGAUCGACCAUUCUCUUGACGCAACUUUGUCUGCCACAUAUGGAAGGAAAGGGGUGGGGACGUAUCGUGUUCAAUUCUUCCGUGGCUGCGUUUACGGGAGGAUUUGUUGGACCGCACUACGCGAGUUCCAAGAGUGCAAUGCAUGGCUUUAUCUACUGGCUAGGCCAGAACGUUGCGAAGAAUGGCAUCACAGUGAAUGCAGUGGCGCCGGCAUUGAUUGCUGACACGGCUAUGAUGGGCUCGCCGAGUGGCGAACAAGCGAAACGGGUUGCAGAGAGUAAGUGGGUCCCGGUCGGUAGGUUGGGCCAGCCGGCAGAAAUCGCGGAGACCGUACUGUGGAUGGUCAAGACUGGAUACGUGACUAGAAAGAUCAUUGGUGUCGAUGGGGGAGUCCAUCCUGCUUGA